UUCAUAAAAAACUCACACAAGUAGAAAAACUUCACUAAACUACUUAACUGAGAAAAUUCCACGUGUCCCUAAUAAAACCCCCCCUCAAUUCCCCAAAAAAAAACAGUUCUUCUUCCUCUCACAAACCCCUUAACCAAUUUCCGGGCCCACCCAUCUUCUUCCUCUACCCCCCCAUUAUAACUCGCUCCUCAAACUCACCUAACCAACUCACUAACUCGUCAAACCAUGGACCUCGACAUGUCGUCCAUGGCGGCUACACUCGGAUUAUCAGUACCAGUCCUCAGAUUCCUCCUUUGCUUCGUUGGCACGAUACCCAUCAGUCUGAUAUGGCGUGUGGUCCCCACAACGCUUCCGAAACACGUCUACUCUGCCUUCACUGGUGCUCUUCUCUGUUACCUUUCUUUUGGGGUUUCUUCGAAUCUCCAUUUUCUUGUUUCUAUGUUGAUUGGGUAUCUUUCUAUGAUUGUUUAUCGCCCUAAAUGUGGCCUCAUCGCUUUCUUCGCCGCUUUUGGGUAUUUGAUUGGUUGCCACGUUUACUACAUGAGCGGAGAUGCAUGGAAGGAGGGUGGAAUCGACACGACUGGUGCUUUGAUGGUCUUGACGCUCAAAGUCAUCUCAUGUGCAAUAAAUUAUCAAGACGGACUAUUGAAAGAUGACGACCUACGCGAAGCACAAAAAAAGAACCGGUUGCUGAAAAUGCCUUCCUUGAUUGAAUAUGUUGGCUAUUGCCUUUGCUGUGGAAGUCACCUUGCCGGACCUGUAUUUGAAAUCAAGGAUUAUCUUGAUUGGACAGAACGGAAAGGGCUUUGGAGCCCAUCAGAGAAACAGCCAUCACCAUGGGGUGGUGUAGCUCGAGCUGUUAUCCGAGCAGCUAUAUGCAUGGGUCUCUAUUUAUAUUUGGUGCCAUUUUUCCCGUUGUCUACUUUCACCAACCCCUUGUAUGGAGAAUGGGGAUUCUUUAAAAAGCUGGGUUAUCAGUACUUGUGCGGAUUUACAGCACGGUGGAAGUAUUAUUUCAUCUGGUCUAUCUCAGAAGCCGCCAUGAUAAUUUCCGGUUUUGGAUUUAGUGGAUGGACAAGUAAUUCGAAGCCCAAGUGGGACCGAGCCCAAAAUGUCGAUAUCAUCGGUGUUGAGUUGGCAAAGAGUGCUGUUCAGAUUCCACUUGUUUGGAACAUACAAGUUAGCACCUGGUUACGCCACUAUGUUUAUGAGAGACUGGUUCAGAAGAACAAGAAGGGUGGUUUCUUGCAGCUGCUUGCUACACAGACAGUCAGUGCUGUUUGGCAUGGGUUAUAUCCGGGUUACAUCUUUUUCUUUGUUCAGUCUGCUUUGAUGAUUGCUGGCUCAAAAGUUAUUUACAGAUGGCAGCAGGGUAUAUCUUCCGGUAGUGUGAAGAAGCUAUUGACGUUUGUGAACCUUGCAUAUACGGCGAUGGUUCUUGGUUAUUCAUCAGUUGGUUUCAUGGUGCUAAGCUUGCAUGAAACCCUGACAGCAUCGAGAAGCGUGUAUUAUAUCGGUACCAUUAUCCCCGUUGUUCUUCUAAUACUGGGUUCUGUUGUCAAACCACCAUCAAGGUCAAAACUUCAGAAGAAGGCUCAGUGAUGCAGAACUGUAUGAUAUAUUUACCUAACACAGUCUCUUUCUUCUUGGUUUAUCCAAAAACACAGCGAAAAUCUUUCGUUGUUGAUGAUGGCUAAAAAUUAUCCUCAUUUCGGAUCAACCUGAAAAAUCGAUUGUGAUUUCUGCUCGCUUUCAUUCUGUUCGUGUUGCUGAUUUCUGUAUUUUUCGAGUUUCUGUUUGGAAACUAUGUACUGUAAUUUAACUGUCUUGUUUUUAGCAUUACUCGAAACUGAAAUGGUGCUUAAGCAAGAGUGCCAAAGUAGUUUAAUUACAUUUUACAAAUCACAAA